UCCGGUACAGCAGCCUAUAGCGUCCUGCCUGCCCCGGGUCCCUGUAUCUAUGUGGCCGCAGUGAUAAGAAGCUCCGGGCUAAACAGGGAAAUUAUCUCCUGAAGCUCAACAGACCAUGAGUUUUCUGUUGCCAAAACUGAGUAGUAAAAGUGCUGUGGAUCAAGCAAUAAAGACUACAGCUGAGCUGGUCUUGGUUCUCCGGUUUGGAAGAGAUGAUGACUUUGUUUGUCUUCAGCUUGAUGAUAUACUUGCAAAGACAUCACAUGAUCUAAGUAAAAUGGCUACCAUUUAUCUUGUUGAUGUGGAUAAAGUGCCCGUCUACCGCCAAUACUUUGAUAUCAGUUAUAUCCCAUCUACUGUGUUUUUCUUUAAUGGACAGCAUAUGAAAGUGGAUUAUGGGUCUCCAGACCAUACAAAGUUUGUUGGAAGUUUCAAGACCAAGCAGGAUUUUAUCGACCUUAUUGAAGUAAUUUACAGGGGAGCAAUGCGUGGAAAACUUAUUGUACAUAGUCCAAUCGACCCUAAAAAUAUUCCUAAAUAUGACCUCUUGUACCAAGGAGUUUAGGAGAUGUGAAAGUUUGGUCACAAACAGUACAGAUUUAGCAUAACAUAAACAACAGUAUGUCUCAA